UGUGGUGCGGCGGGAGGAAGUGCGGCUUGUUUUCCCGGCUGGGCUCUGGAGCGGCGGGUGCGGCGCGAUGCACGGGUACCCGGGAGCGGACGGCUGCGAGCCCCGAUGAAGCCCGAGCGGCCCCAGCCCGAUGGAGGCGCCUCCGUGGGAGCCGGUGCGCAACGACUCGCUGCCACCCACGCUGAGCCCGGCCGUGCCGCCCUAUGUGAAGCUUGGCCUGACUGCGGUCUACACCGCCUUCUACGCUCUCCUCUUCGUGUUCAUCUACGCGCAGCUCUGGCUGGUGCUGCGCUACCGCCACAAACGACUCAGCUACCAGAGCGUCUUCCUCUUCCUCUGCCUCUUCUGGGCCUCGCUGCGUACUGUGCUUUUCUCCUUUUACUUCCGAGACUUCGUGGCGGCCAACUCGUUCAGCCCUUUCGUCUUCUGGCUGCUCUACUGCUUCCCCGUGUGUCUGCAGUUCUUCACCCUCACGCUUAUGAACUUAUACUUCACCCAGGUGAUUUUCAAAGCAAAGUCAAAAUACUCUCCAGAAUUACUCAAGUAUCGGUUACCCCUCUACCUGGCCUCGCUCUUCAUCAGUCUUGUGUUCCUGCUGGUGAAUCUGACGUGCGCUGUGUUGGUGAAGACGGGAACCUGGGAGAGGAAGGUUAUCGUCUCUGUGAGAGUGGCCAUCAAUGACACACUCUUUGUGCUGUGUGCCGUCUCUCUCUCCAUCUGCCUCUACAAAAUCUCCAAGAUGUCCCUAGCCAACAUCUACCUGGAGUCAAAGGGCUCAUCGGUGUGUCAGGUGACUGCUAUCGGUGUCACCGUCAUCUUGCUCUACACCUCCCGGGCCUGCUACAAUCUGUUCAUCCUGUCGUUUUCUCAGAUCAAGAAUGUCCACUCCUUUGAUUAUGACUGGUACAAUGUGUCAGACCAGGCAGACCUGAAGAGCCAGCUGGGUGAUGCUGGCUAUGUGGUGUUCGGCGUGGUGCUUUUCGUGUGGGAGCUCCUACCCACCACCUUGGUGGUCUACUUCUUCCGAGUCAGAAGCCCCACGAAGGACCUUACCAGCCCUGGGAUGGUCCCCAGCCAUGGCUUCAGCCCCAGGUCUUACUUCUUUGACAACCCCCGAAGAUACGACAGUGAUGAUGAUCUUGCCUGGAACAUUGCUCCUCAGGGACUUCAGGGAAGACAUGCACCAGUGUCCAUUUCCAUUUUUUCCAGUAUGAGCUAUCCACAGCUGAUGGGACCAGAUGGGAGCUGCUGCACGGAACAGGCUCGAGUCAGCUCUCAGCAAAGACUAAACCAAGAAGGCAAAGUGAGAAAACUUUUAAAGUGGGACUGUGAAGACAAGCUGUGUAAUUCAGUGUCCACUGGGUGUCUCUGCUGUACUGGGCUGGACUGACUGCAGUUGUCAUGAGUUUGGACCUGAGACAGCACAAAGAGGAUCACACAUACAUUAACUUCCUCUUGUCUCCUGGCAGGGACGUGAAGGCCCCUCUCCCAAAGAACAAAAUGCCUGGUACUUGCCGUAGCCAUCCCUAUGUCCCAAACUAUUGGACUCCCAAUACCUUUAUCUUGUCCUUGCCCUGGGUGGGUACUGUGUUCAGUAUGGACUCAUGCAGUCCAGGCUUGUGCUCCUUGGAUCCAAUGUAGGGUCUUGGCAGCUCCUACGGAUAUCCACAGUUGCCUUCUCCAAACCUUCAUCUGCCCCUGCUCCGUUUUCUGAUGUAGAUACCUCACUGGUGGCUUCUUUUCCCUAAGUCUCAUCUGGUUAACACCUCAAAUUCUGACUUUCUAUGCUCUCAACAGACCAUUUUUCCCUGCACUUUAGCCCAGUUAGAACUGGAGUUUAGAGGCCCACUUUAUUUGGCUUAUGAGCCUCAAAAUUCUUCCCUUUCUACCAACCCUUGUUCAUGUAACUGUUACCCAUGUUUCUGACACCCACUAGUAUUUCCCAGUCAUGAUGUUUCUUCAAGACCCUAACUAAGCAUAAAAGGGUGCUUACAUUCAGAUAAACAGUGCUUUCCCAGGGCUGCUGUGUCUGUGGAGCUAAGCCUCCUUCCUGAAGUUCCCUAUAAAUAAACUCACCAGCCCCCUCCAGGCUUCAAGUCUACAGGUCAGAGGCCUGUCAAAGGCUUUGCCCAGCUGUAGGUACAUCCCAGGCAGGUUGGCCUGUGUGGUUUGAUGAGGCCCUGACUGGCAGCUGUCAAAUCGCUUUCCCCAGUCAGUGUUCUGACAGCAUCAGGAGGGAACCUUUUAGGUGGCACAUGGCCUCGGUGGCAUUUUCUUCAGGUGUGGUCUUACUAUAAAUGGAAUGGAAUCUGGUUGGGCUGUGGAAGCUGAGCUGUGUGGUGGCAGGAGUGUUUGUUUCGCUCAUUGCUACAUUCCCAGACCCCUCGAGAGUCAAAUCCCGUUCUUUUCAGAGCUGCCCUUAAGUAACUCUUGCACUUUUACCAAGCUUAGCACUCACUGAAGGGUCCCCCACUUAUGAGUCUUUAACAGAUACCCAAUUUUUUUUUAACAAAUAAAUGGAGGAGGGAAUUUUUUUGUUGUUUUGUCUUACUUAUAUGAAGGGAAGUCCAAAAUCAUUCUUGGAGACUUUGUCUUACUUACCAGGUGAACUCUGACUUCAUGGGUGCUGUGUCAGACCUCUAUGAAUCGCUCCAUUUAGUAAGAGUGCUCAAAUUCUCCAGGUAGUUAAAAUCUAAAAGGGUCUUUCCAGUGUUGAGGCUGAGUUAGAAGAAUAAAGCAAAACCAUAAACACUUCAGAAAAAAAAAAUACCAGUGGAUUGCGGUCUUGGUCAGAAGUGGGGAAGCUAUUCUGUGAGUUAAUAUAGAAGCUACCAAAGGACCAGUAAAUCCGACUAGAAAACAGCAUGGAAAACCUAUUAGAGCAAACAAAGCCAAAUAACUAGAAGACUAAGCCGCUCAUCACACUCGAAGGACCAAUACUAACAGGUGAGGUUCUAAUAAUCACGUGGUCAAAACGGACAAAGAUCAGUAAGCAGAGCCAGGAGAUGCCUUCACAUAUUAAAAGUUGUUCAUUUUAUAUAGUUUGGCAGACCCCAGAUGUUGUGGGUGAGCAGCACUGUCAGACUGUAGGUGGCGUGUGAACAGAACCAGCCUCUGGAGGACAGACUCCAUCAGUGCCUUUCACAACGCAAAGUGUGUGUCGUCUUUCACUUUUCAAUACUUACCGUAGCGAUGCAGGUACAAACGAGACAUGACAUGUGGACAAAGCCCAGGAAUGGUACUGUUCAACUAAAUAAUGACACGGCCAUGGUAAGGAUGCCCAGCAACCACUAAAGUGAAAAGGCGUCUGUGCCAUGUGGCCACUGCAAUAUCAGGUGAUAAAAAGCAAAUGAUGUGUGUGUGAUAUCACUCCCGGAUAGAGAGAAAUAAGGCUUUCUAUUUAUAUAUGUUGGCUAUUUUUUUAAAAAAAAAGUAUGGAUGGAAAUACACAAAGCCCAGGGAAGAAGGCAUCUGUGUGCACUGUAGCAUAUUUUUGGUAUAAAAUGUAUUUUUUAACCAUAUGAAUGUACCACCUAUUCCUAUUCAGAAAGUUAAAUAAAACAAGCAUUGUUUUUUAUAAAGCCUAUGGCUCAAUACAAAUCAAAGAAUGCCAAGGUUCCUAUACUUUGAUUGAAUGGUAAUAGGUCUUUACAGAAAUGACACAAAUGGCUCUCGUUAUCAUCAGUAGAGGCUCUGGAGCUGAUGGUUCUGGUGACACUUUCAGGCUCCACAGCCGUGAGUUAUGACUUUGGCUGAGUCUCAACUCAUCUGUUUUUAUG